GUAAAGCCAAAUAAACCUCAUUCCACCCGUUCUGACUCGGAUGAUUACAAUCCCAAAAGAACGCCAGCUCCGGGUGCUUACAAACCCUAACUCCGCCGCCAUUAUCAUUCCCCAAACCGCACGGCCAUUUCCCCCGCGCCAGCGUCACGCACGGCUUCAGCGGGUUCUUGUACCUCAAGCUCCCCGUAUGAUACUUGUGCUCCUCGAGCGCAUUGGAGAAGGCCUGGUCGUGGACAGCUUGCUUCAGGAGCUGGUUGUGGUUGCUGACGAUGGCGUUGUGGGCUUCGUUGCACUUGGAGCUGUGCAUGGCGGACGGGCCGGCGCUGUGUGGCAAGCAGCCGGCGGGCUCCAUGAGUAGGACGGCGAUUUUCGGGAUGCCGAGCUCGUCGUGGAUUCGCCGGAGGUCGGUCUUCUGCUGCUUUAUCAACUUCCUCGUCAGAGCCGUUACGUUCUGCAUGGGAAUGCAUGCAUCGUCAUAUAUUGCAUUGUAACGUGUAUAGCAUGCAUGCACAUCGAUCAUUUCUGUUAGGGGUGAAAAACGGUGCGG